AGGAUAUGUUCAAACUUUCCCUAAAGCCGUGGUGUUUCCUUCCUCAAGUGCAGGUUUACAACACGACUGAAGGUGCCAGAUGUGUUUCAGAUAAUGAGCAGAGAAACUGGGUGUUUACCAAGCGGGAAAGAGUUUCGAAGAAAGUUUCCAAGUGAAUUAAGUUACCUGUUGUUGGUGUAAGGAGACUUGACGGAAAUCUCCGUAUAUCCAGUGGCAACGGGGACAGUCGAGUAUGGAAAAACUAUAAAGGAUGAAAAAAGUUUACAGGUGGUCCUUCACAUUUCUGGCAUUUCUGUGUAUAGUAAAAGAAUGUGAGCUGUGUUCAUCUGUUCGCGCAAGUCGUGCUUCUGUGUUUGUGGCUGAGGGCAAAGAACUGCACUUCAGCUGUGAAGUGAGGCACUGUGGCCAAGCCAACUGGACUGGAGGAUGGGCUUUCCAGGAAAUGCAGAGCCAAGGAUUUAUUCCCCUCACUUCCUCCGAAAGAAUCGAGUUGUCCGAUUACAGCUCAGCAGUCAACAGCACACAUCUGAAGGUCCAUAUUCACAACGUCAACCAAUCAGACGCUGGAGCUUACAAAUGCGUGAUUACCUGGCCUGCUGGCACCAGUAGCAAUGGUCAUGUGACAUAUGUCAAUGUGACUGCAGCAACUGGAGACUUUUCAGAAAGCAGAAGUGCCACUAAUAGAGUUCUGCUGUGUCUCGGUUCCUUGGCGUGUUUUCUUGUUGUUGUGGGAUUGGUUUGGUGUUUGACCCGGCUUCGUUCAUCCCCUCCACCUGUCCCACCUCACACCCGCACUUCCUUUUCAGCAAGAGUGAACCCAAAAAAUGAAUUGGUGUAUACAGAAGUUGCGGUGUGUAAUUCAAGACGACGGAAUGAAUGUCUGGAACCAGCAACUGAGCCUGUUGUCUAUUCUUCAGUGCAUUUCUCUUGAACAUAAAGACUUCAAUCUUGAAUUUCUUUCUCACAUGUUGUUGAGGAUUGUUGCACUUCUAAAGCAAGCAUGGGGGUAAAUGCAUAUAGUUACAAUGUUAGACUGUGAUGCUAGCAAUGUUACACUUUGAUUUAAUGUCGCUGUCAUGAAGAAUGAAUUAAAGGAAUUGUUUAUUUGUAUAUAAGAUGUGUGUAUUGUGUAUAUAAAGUUGUGUGAUUGUACUUGAAAUAAACUGUGACGUAUCUUAACCAAACAAUUUUUACUCAUCGUUUACAAAAGCAGACAGGAAUUUGACACAAAAUACAUUUUAUUUUUAUAAUAAAUUCUUAAUGGCACAUGCCAUAACCAAAUAUACAUAUACAUCAUCUUUUAAAUUACCUUUUAAAUUAUUUUUCAUUUGACUCUGUUUACGGAACAUCGACAGUUUCGAAAAGCAAUAAAUUAUGGCAGUACAAACAUAUAUGCGAACACAUUUCAUGUCAAAGUUCUCACUAUUGUACAAUAUUAAAGUCGCUCGGUAAUGCCCUCACCAUUGAGUACUCACAAGAAAUGCGUAGAGACACACACAACUGGAAAUAAAUAACACGUACUGUAAAAUAUCCUUCACAAACGUUCUUGAAAUGAUUCUGCCAGCCAUUGUUAUAUAAGCCCAAAGUAUACUUUCUUUGUUUACAUGUACAUUAGCUCUGAUAGCAUGCGCGAACACAGAAGCUCGACGCAUGCACACAACGAAAAUUCAACAUGUGCAAGAGGCUUGUGUAUUUUAUACAGCUAUGGAUGAAGACUGGACCAAAUUUCUUUAAACAAAACAUUCAAAAUGAGAUUUUGCCAAUACUCACAGUUUGGCCACAUCAACAGUCAUAACAGCCAAUGAAGUUGCUGUAUUUGAGACUGUAUGUGCAUAUGGGACACACUGCAGGGAUAUACAGUAUGCAGAUUUUAUUAUUAACACUUGCCCAGUGUCUCACAGUUCAGAACUUGAAUAAUUGUUUAAUUAUCAUCUGCUUCGUCAAUAAAGUUACAGGUUACUUUAAAGCAUUCAUGCACGGAAAAAUGUAAAAA